UCGUUCUGCUACAUCGUAGGUGAUUUGUAUUGGUCAGCACAGCUGAUGACCAGACGGUGGAAUAGUGAAUGUAUAAUAAUAAAUAAAACGUCACACUUAUAUGGCGUGUUCAAACGCAUCCUAUAGUUGUAUUGACAUCAUCGUUCGGAAAUAAACUUUAGCAAUCGAGCGGAUAAAUACAGUAAAAAGAAAAAGUCAAAAUUUCGUCUUGCACAUCGUCGACGUUGCCUCAUUUAGUUUCUAUAAGAGCAGUAAGUCAGUUUAAAACCUAUUACUAAAUGCAUAAAAUAAAAGGCUCGUCAGAGAUGGAAGUUCCACCUUUGAGAAGUCUUGACGAAUUCCUCCUCGAUUCGGCGAGAUUUCAAUUGCCAAACUGGCGUGAUCUUGAAAAAUGGAAUAAUCGAGUUGUUAACAACAUGCUCUAUUAUCAGACAAAUUAUUUCGUGACUGCUGUCAUAAUUUUUGCAUUUGUUGGAUUUUUACAACCUGUCAAAAUGCUCAUUGGUACAAUAGCGGUAGGUUUAAUUAUAUUAGCCUUUGCUUAUGUAUCAAAAGAAGGCAGAGCAAUCCAUAACUUGAAAAAAAAGUACCCUGCACUUGGAGUUAUUUCCAUGCUUGGAGGGGCUGGAUUCCUGACGUAUACUUUUGGAUCGCUUCUAGUGUUUCUUUUUGGUGUCUUGAUGCCAAUAUCAGUAAUAUUUGUCCACGCCUCGCUGAGACUAAGGAACAUAAAAAAUAAACUAGCAAAUAAAGUUGAAGGAAUUGGACUUAAACGCACUCCCAUGGGCGAACUUAUGGAGCAACUUGACUUAUUUUUUGGUAAACUGGCUGUGCAAACCGAAAAUUUAUUGAAAAAGCAAGAUUGAAUACAUCUAAAAAAUUAGACGCGAUUUCUAUAAGGAUUCAAAACAAAAAGACGUAAUGGAGCUAUCAACCAUAGCGACACAGGUAUCAAGGACUGCUCAAUACUUUUGAAAUUAUUCAAUCAUUCUCUGUUUAUAUUACUCUAUUUCAUAAAUAUAAGUUAUAAUUUUUCGACA